CCUGUUUCAUUUCAUUGAGGUCCCCUCUCUCGUGAUCCUUUUGGUUGUUCUAUUAACUCCUUCGCCUGCUCUGUUUCAGCUAUGCAUUAGCUUCUCCUGCUUUAUUUAUUUAUUUAUUUAUAUGAUCAUCAAGUUGAAGAUCAAUUGCAUUUAUAGGUGAAGGCAGACAAUGCCGGAUUAAUUAAGAAAAUUAACUCUCCAAUCUCCCAGACCAAAAACCAAGUGAUUAAAUACGAUCAUUAAUAAAUAUUAUGUAACAGAUUCCUAACCCCAAGAGCUUCAUCUUAGUUUGUCUACCUUUUCACCUGUCCUUCUUUGUUUCGCCGCAGAAAACACGAGAUCUCUCUCUCUCUCUCUUCAACUACAUUGGACAACCACCAAUCCAAACUUAGCUAUAUUUACCCCACGAUAUACCAACCCUCUGCUGAGACAUGUAAAGCUCCCUCUCUUCCCUCUAUCUCGCUUUCUCGUUGCUCUAUUUUAAACCCUCCGUUACCCUUUUCUCCUUUUGUCAUUGCUCAUUGUACUUGUAACAUCUCUUCAACAAGUAACCAUCCACAAGCUAGCUCUCUUAACAUGGAGGCCAGCACCUCCCAUGACGCUGAAGAAAACUCCGCAGCAUUCUAUGCUCCCUUGCUAGACCACCGCGAAGCGCUAGCGACUCGGGGGAAACCCGUUAACGGUUUUGCAGUUAUCUCUGCCUCCGUCAUUUUCCUACUUUCAUUGGUUACAUUAAUUUUUAACCAAAGCCAAGAACCAUUACCAACGCCCAACAAGGGACCGUCACCUUCGCCCACGUCAAAACCUGCUUCGUUUUCAAAGGCGCUGCCAAGAGGGGUCGCUGAAGGUGUCUCAUCCAAGUCAAAUCCAUCUCUUUUGGACGAGGUUUCGUUUAAUUGGACAAACGCUAUGUUUGCUUGGCAAAGAACUGCCUACCACUUUCAGCCUGAAAAGAAUUGGAUGAAUGAUCCUGACGGUCCAUUGUAUCACAAGGGAUGGUACCAUCUUUUCUAUCAAUACAACCCUGAUUCAGCUAUAUGGGGCAACAUAACAUGGGGCCACGCUGUGUCGAGGGAUCUCAUUCAUUGGCUCUAUCUCCCACUCGCCAUGGUUCCCGACCGCUGGUAUGAUAUCAACGGUGUGUGGACGGGGUCCGCCACUCUCCUGCUAGAUGGCCAAAUCGUCGUGCUUUACACCGGCAGCACCAAUGAGUCGGUGCAGGUGCAAAACCUUGCCUACCCCGCCAACCUAUCUGAUCCCCUCCUCAUUGAUUGGUUAAAAUACCCGGGUAACCCGGUCAUUGUUCACCCAACCGGGAUUGAAUACGAUGAGUUCCGGGACCCGACAACAGCUUGGCUUGCACCCGAUGGUACCUGGCGGAUCACGAUCGGGUCAAGAUUUAAUUCCACCAUAGGAAUCUCUCUAGUAUAUCAAACAACAAAUUUUACGGAUUAUGAAUUAUUAGACGGGGUUUUACAUGCGGUUCCGGGUACAGGUAUGUGGGAAUGCGUAGAUUUUUACCCUGUUGCAAUAAACGGGUCGGUGGGGUUGGACACGUCCGCAUUUGGACCAGGAAUUAAGCAUGUGUUGAAGGCUAGUUUGGAUGAUACAAAGGUGGACCAUUAUGCACUUGGGACUUAUGACCCGGUAACGGAUAAGUGGACACCCGACAACCCGAAAGAGGAUGUGGGUAUCGGGUUGAAGGUGGAUUACGGAAGAUACUAUGCCUCAAAGACAUUUUUUGAUCAACAUAAACAAAGGAGGGUUCUUUGGGGUUGGAUUAAUGAAACUGAUAGUGAAACAGAUGAUCUCGAAAAAGGUUGGGCUUCCGUUCAGACAAUUCCCAGGACGGUUCUGUUUGACAGCAAGACUGGAACCCGUUUGCUUCAGUGGCCAGUGGAAGAAGUAGAGAGCUUGAGAUUGAACAGUACAGUGUUUAAGGAAGUGCUUGUUGAACCAGGAUCAGUUGUGCCUCUUGACAUAGGCACCGCCACUCAGCUAGAUAUAUUAGCAGAGUUUGACAUAGAGUCAUUGGUAUCUAACACCACGGACGAAGAUAGUGAUUGCGGUGAUGGUGCGGUUGACAGGAGCACUUUUGGGCCAUUUGGAGUCCUGGUUAUUGCUGAUGAUUCACUUUCUGAGCUCACUCCUGUAUAUUUCCGUCCCGUUAAUACUUCUGAUGGCAGUCUCAAGACUUACUUUUGCGCUGACGAAACAAGGUCUUCUAAAGCUUCCGAUGUCUUGAAAGAAGUGUAUGGAGGCAAAGUUCCAGUGCUUGACGAUGAAAACUACAAGAUGAGGGUAUUGGUGGAUCAUUCAAUCGUGGAAAGCUUUUCUCAAGGAGGUAGGACGGUGAUCACAUCAAGAAUUUAUCCAACGGAAGCCAUCUAUGGAGCAGCAAGGGUAUUCUUGUUCAAUAAUGCAACGGGAGUAAAUGUGAAGGCUACACUCGAAAUAUGGGAAGUGAAUUCAGCCUUUAUUCGUCCUUAUUCUUUUGAGGAAACCUUGUAGAAAUGAAUGCUUCCUGUGCCAAUCCCACGUGAUGCUGCAACAUCAAUAUUCUUUCCAGAAAUUUUCUGGCAGGGAAAAUCCUAGUAUUAUGUUGUUUCAAAUUUUAUUGCUCGGGGUUGCCAUGUAGUUCAUUUUGUACUUGCGGGUUUAUUAAUAUAUUUUGGUUUUAUUU